UCUAUUUAUAAAAAUAGAUAUAUUUAAAUUCAUUUAAACGGAUUAUUUUUGACAGCAUGACACCUUGGUGACAGAGGUUACGAAAAGAAUUUCAAAUCAUUUAACCGGUGCCAAUUCUUGCCGAGUCUCCUCUUGAAAUCAGAUACAAACACACACUUUCACCUAUAUUAUUGUUAGUUAGGACAGCUUAAAUGUGUCUAAUAUUUCCUCCUGCUUCCACGACGACAUUUGUCUCAAACCCUGUUUUACUCCUUUUCACCAACGUCUCUUUUUUCGUCUUCCUAUUCUAUAUCCCAUCUGUAUAUUUCCAAAAAAGAGUAACACAUCAUCUCAUCACUAAGACAUGAACGAUUAAAAAAAAAAUGUAACGUAAUUUAUUUUAACAAAAUUUCACACGUCAAAACACAAAUCGUAAAUUUUGCAAAUUCAAAGCAUCAAUUACAGGUUGUACAAAAAAAAUAUAAAAUGAAAAGUAUUUCCCUUUAAAUGACUAAAUCAUUCUGAAUAAAAAGACCUUUCUGUCUCGUACGACGCAUUUCAAGUGUAAAAAAAAAAAAUUUAAAAUAAUUAACAAAACCACGCCAGAAUAAGCCAAUCAUAUCAAACUUGGAGGACGCAGAACAUUUUGAGAGGAGAAUUUGUUGUUUUCUCGGAUGAUCUGGAAAAACAAGCAUUUCAAGAGUUACGUCCUGGACUUGGCGAUGCUCAGAUGGACACGUGCUGCUUCUCUCCCUCCCCACGGAAAAAAAAAAAAAAGAAAUCAGAACUGAUAUAAGCCAGGACUACAAUACCUUUCCAAAACAAGAUACCGUCCACAGUUUAGGGUCGAGGAAAAUGAUUAGUCUGACUAUGGCUACAAAAUGGAAAAACAAGCUCUGGCUUUUCUUUUAUACAGCAUCCGGAUAAUCCAGCCACUUUAGAGCUAAGGAUCAGGGGGGGCCCUGCUGUUUUAUCUGAAACUGAACAUUUUAAACGUGAAAACGCUCAUCAAAAGCUUUAGUUCAUCACUCCCUCAUGAUUUCUCACUUCAUGAUCCUCAUUUAUUCUACACUCCUAGUCCUCUUUCUAGCCACACGACUAAAUUAUACCAAAGAUGAUAAGGCACAAUAUUUCUGCGGAGCUCCUCCUCCUCACAGCCACGCGUCGUAAUUAAUGGGACACCCCCCAGUCGCAAAAAAAGCCUUGCACUGAAGUGCAACAUAGUCAAAAGGUGAAAGAGAAGAGGGCGAAAGUGCCACUGGAGAUAAUUGAUUACCUACCAAUCGACAAUAACGCAUUAGUAAUCUUCACCUCUGUGUUCCUCGCCAUUUUCAGGCAGGCACCGCACACCUGCAGAGCCGCUUUUCCCGUGGAUCGACACCUUGGAAUAAUUGUUUCUUUUCUUCAUCCACGCCUCUGUAUCUUUGUUUCGUGUUUUUUUUCUUCCCCCCGCAUCUCAAAUGUUGUGUGACUCACUGCGUCAUCGCAUUUUUUAUCGCUGAAUAAUUCCACCGUAAUUCCGUGUAAACUUCGGCGUAAACACGAACGAUGACUUCCAAAGAAGUGGCCAAAUGUGAUGCAGUGGACAACAGGAGGCGAAGUCCGCUGGACCACUUGCCGCCUCCCGCGAACUCCAAUAAGCCUCUCACCCCUUUCAGCAUCGAGGAUAUUCUGAACAAACCGUCGGUGAAACGAAGUUACACAAUUUGCGGAACGGCUCACCUAAUUUCGUCCUCAGAGAAACACCGUCCGUCCAGCCUCCCUUUGUCCAGUCGGGCUCUACUCAACCAGACCUCUCCUCUGUGUGCGCUUGAGGAAUUGGCCAGCAAAACGUUCAAGGGGCUGGAAGUCAGCGUUUUACAGGCUGCUGAAGGCCGGGACGGAAUGACCUUGUUCGGCCAGAGGACCACACCGAAGAAGCGUCGGAAGUCUCGGACAGCGUUCACAAAUCACCAAAUCUACGAGUUGGAGAAGCGCUUUCUCUACCAGAAGUAUCUCUCCCCCGCUGACCGUGACCAGAUUGCGCAGCAGCUUGGCCUAACAAAUGCGCAAGUCAUCACGUGGUUUCAGAACCGCAGGGCUAAACUAAAACGGGACCUGGAAGAAAUGAAGGCCGACGUGGAGUCCGCCAAGGCCUUAGGCCAAGUACCCUUAGACAAGCUCGCCAAGCUGGCCGACUUAGAGAAAUGUGCAAACGGUACGCUGGGCCACUCACGUACUCAUUCGCCGGUGCCGGGCGUCCGGCAAGAGCACGAGCUCGCUCAGAAACUGCGGACUUCACCUACGUCUCCAUUUUCUGACCACUCAACGAGUAAAGAGUGCUCGGAGGACGAGGAUGUGGAGAUUGACGUGGAUGACUGAUGAAAAUGUUUAGGACUAAAAACAAAAAACAAAACAAAAAAACUACAAAAAAAACAUAAAACACACACAAAAGACGAUUAAAUAAAUAAAAAAAAAAUACAAAUGAGGACUUGUAACUUCUUGCUUUUACAGUAGGCCUAUAUCGCGUUUCAGAACAUGUACCAAACCGAAUGACAUUUACAGUGGUACAGAUAGACCUAUCCAUAUCAAAAGCAUGAACAAAUGAAGAGAUGAACAGUGUUAAUUUACCAUAUAUCCAGAGCAAAGGUUACUUCAUGAAAUCAUAGCAAUAUGGUCUAAUAUGGCACGAGUAACUUGCUGUUUUUUUUUAUUUGUUUGUUUGUUUGUUUGUUUGUUUGUUUUUACCAUAGGUCACCUACAUACGUGCACAAACGAAAUGCUUCUGUUUCCCACGCUUUUGCAUGUAAAUGCAUGAUUUGAUUUGUAACAACAAUCUAUUUAUUUUACAACAACAUAAAAGUUAUAUUAUAAUAACUUUUAUUUCAAGCUAUUGUGUUUCUUCACGUAGCCACUUCAGUUUCUAGUCACAACCAGCCUCUUUCCCCUGGUCGUUAUUGUUCUCAUCAUUAUCUCACGGCGUAAUUCCGUGACAAUGGGUCAAAUUUAGCGUCACUUUUUUUUUUUCUUCCUCUCCCGGUACUGCAUUGCAGAAUGGUGACAUUCACGAAUUUGCGUUUUAGGUUGAACGUUUGCACUAUGGCGAGAAACAAUGGUUAACACUGCGGAAGAUUUUGGUGUGUUAUAGACUACGUUUUAGAUGUAUGGCUUGGACACAAUUGAUUUACAGUUUUUGUCUAAAUUUUAUGCCGUUUUUUUUUUUUUUUUUUUUUUUUUUUUUUUUUGUACACCUGUAAGUGCCUUUCUAAAGUCAGGACAGUAUUUGAAAACUAUACAUAGUAAUAAAAAAGUUUUAUCUGAAUAUGUCUUUAAUGUUUCUUAAUUUCCUACAAUUUUUUUUUUAUAUAUAUGUAUAUAUAAAGCCUCUAUUUUUACAUAAUUGCCACACGAAACGCAGAGAAGCACACUCGGAUUGUUAAAGUUGAGCAUCAAAAGCCGACCAUUAACAGUUGUUUAUAUUGGACUAUUCGGUCCCUUUUUUAUUGUGAAGGGCUGAACACUUAAUGGCCGGGGAUCUUUCAUCGCUUUUCACAGCUCAAAAUGCGUAUUGUGGCUUCUUGACCCUUAGAGGUGCUUCUUCAUUCGUGACAAAAAUUUAUGUGAGAAACACAAAUCUGGUGCCAGGGGAGAAAAAUAGGAGGACGCUACAAAAAUCACAACGUUUGAGCCAGUUUUUUCCCGGCCUUUAUAGACCUUUUUGUUUCCGUGACUCGGCCGUAAUUCUGAGCGUAAAGCAUGAAAAGUAGGGACAAAUAAGCAGCGUUCCCUGAUGGGAAGGCCCACAAAGGAUAAGGGCCAGUCCCCCGCAGGCAGCAAUACUGAGACAAGUGUGUCCCACCGCACAAAAAGGACUGAAACGUUUGGAAGCCAUAUGGUUUUGGAAAUUUCCUCACAAUUUCAGACAAUUUGAUGGAUUGAGUUAAACCUCCUUUUAAACAGUUUAACUGGGCGCGAACAAUGGCCUUAUAGACUCUCCCUUCAUGUGGGCAUCUGCGGCUGUUAAUGUCUAGCCUCUUUCUUUGAGUGGCGUUUUGAACAAGUCAAUGAAUUUCAAUGAAACUGCCCUUUUUGUGAGCCGCCUGUGUUUCGUCGCUUUUUAGCGGCGGAAUAAUCUGUUUGACUUUUGUCCAAGAACGUUUUUCUAAACAAUAUAUUGAAACGAUUAAGUGCAUUCUUAAUGUUAAGUAUGAAACCACAUGGAGCUAGGACCUUGACAUUUAUACCAAGCUCUGGUUAGGGAGGCCUUUUGUUUGUGUCUUUUAAAUCGGG